CGUCGCGUCACUGGAGAUAACAAUCGAUCGAUCGUUCAAAUGAAAAAUGACAUGCACAAGCCUUGUAAAUACAAAGAAUCAGCCUUUCCAUUGAUCCUCUCGAGGCAUCUCAAAGGAGUGUCACGGUGCUGUGAUACGAUACCGAUAUCGGUACGCCUACUCGCGUCCAUUUAUUCGACUUUAAAGCUCGACGAUUCUUAGAAUCGGUAAAGUAGAGUAAGAUGAGAUUAUUUGAAUCAGCCAAGUUUCAACAUCUUAUGAUCUAACGCUCAGUCAAAAAUUCAACUUUGUGCAAAAUAAUUAACAGACUAUGUUUGGAUCAUGCAUUUAUGCAAAAAGGUAAAAAAUCCACAGGAGAUAUACAAUAUACAGAAAUAUAUUAUUACGAAUCAUCCAAAUUAUAAGACUUAUUAAUUUUAAAUCGUUUCUCGUGUUUUUCCUCUUUGGUCUUCAAAUGGCCUCUUAGUGUAGUCUAUGGAUCUGGUUAUAAUAUGGCUUUGCAAUAGUGGCAGUUUUGAAAACGAUAAAGAUGACAGAGAACAGAUUCGACGUGUGACAAUGUUUGAGCGACUUCUGAUUGAAAUAUAUUGAACGGUUACAUUCGUUAUACACUACCAUUGUUUUAUGCCGAUUUAUGGCAAGUAGAAAAAGCAGUAAAUUCCUUCACGAACUUCCACCAAUGAAAUAUACGUGAGUGAAAAUCGAGAAGAAAAAGGAAAAAAGGGACGCGAGAUGAAGUUGAUUUCUUUAGAUGGAGUAACGUGAGUUCAUUUCACGUGGACAAUUUAAUUCGAUAGAAUAAUUGUACGAAUAACUUGUUGACUAAAUUAUACGAUAAUUAUCCGCUAUUCGUGAAACUAACUUUCAAUCCUGGAAAGAGCGAUUCUUAUUUUGCCAGUCAAACGAAAUAAUGAAGUAUACGGAAUUACAAUUCUGUAAACGAAGGGUAGAAAUAAAGAUCAUAUAACAAUUUAGUCAUAUUCCUCGUAACAGGUAAGAUAUUUUUUAAAGUUUUAAAUUUCAUCCAGAAAGAAUUCGAUGAGAGAAAUUUUUUCCGAGAAAUUAAAAGAAAAAAGGAUGAUAUUAAAAAAACAACAGGAAAAGAAAAGGAAAAUGAAAGUAGUCUUCUACUAUGGUUGUCAUCAAUUACACGAGCCACAAAUCAAUGUCUGGCGAUCGCACGGUCACACUAUCAGCGUCAUUGUCUACGCAAUCAUCGAAUGGGCACGUAGGUAGAUAGAUAGACUGGUAGGAAGGAAGGAAGGACAUCGAGAAGGAUACCGUAACGCUUCGAGCAAUCAGUUAUGCUGGUCGGGGGCCUCACGACUGGCAAUUUUGCUACGGCUCGCCGCGAAACACCGCAUAAAUCACGGACUUUGGCUCCGUUCCGCUACUUCGUCGCGAGGCAACCGCGCAGAACGUAGAUGCGCUUUCGAUUAAAACAGUCGUUUCAUCUGAACAUCACAGGAGAAAAACAUGAUCAACAGCACGAACAAAUUCAAGAGGAAACGAUAACAGUGGAAAUAAUAAAUCGUGGCGAGGUGUAGUCGGAUGAUUCCUCGAGUUUUCCGCACAGACGUUCUUCAGUGAUCGAAUCGAGAUGGACGUGUUCUACAGGCAGUACAAUACUUAUCGUAUACUACUGAGCAUCUUAGGACUCUGGCCAUAUCACAAGUCGAUUUUCUCAACGAUUCAUAGAAUAUCAAUUUCUGUAAUUAUGUUCGCCUAUAUAGUUUUCCAGGUAUUAUCGCUAUUUAAAUCUGGUAUUACAUUUCGAGGUUGCAUCAUAACGUUAUCUGGAACCUGUCCAGUUAUGGCCUUUUUCAUGCGAUAUGUCUCUUCCCUAGCAAUGUUCCCAGUGACGAAAUAUAUUUUUGACAAUCUACGCAAGAUAGAAUCCACGCUGAAAGAUCAACUUGAAUGUCAGAUACUGAUGAAAUACGUCGAUUAUUCGACUCAUAUAAUCUCCAUUUUCCUAUCCUUAUGUUGCUCGUGGACUUUAUUCGCAGCGUCAUGCGUUUUCACUCCGAUAACGUUGGAUCUGCUGUCGCCUUUGAACGAAUCUAGAGGACGUUACUUUUCCUACUUUACAAUGUUUUCUCACGAUCGAAUAGAGUAUCUUGAUAUGGCAUGCGUGAAUAUCCUAGUUGUUUGUACAAUUGGAAUGUUGUCAGUGGCGGGUACGGAACUGAUGUUGGUUCUCUUCGCCCACUACAUGUGCGGAUUGUUUGACAUAACUAGCUAUCGAUUGCGAAAAACAAUCGCGGGUCUGUCUUCGUCGAAGCAGAUCGAUCCGAACUUCAAGGACUUCCGCUACGUCGUGGACAAUCAUAGGAAAGCACUACAGCUCAUCGAUUACGCAUUAUCGAAUUACAUGGUACAUUAUCUUCCGUCAUGCUCUGUGUUUGUAGUUUCUUUCUCUGUGUGUUUGCAUCGAGUAAGUAUCCUUUCAUUUCUGUACGUUGUUGGGAAAAGGUAAAAUCCUCAAUGAAUGUAAUGUGUGAAACCAUUCUCGAAGCUUUUAGACUUUCGCAAUUCUUUUUCUUAUAAAUGGUACACCGUUAAAGUAAAAUCUGAAAAGAAAUACUAUCUGACAUUGGUUAUAUAUUUAUAAUAUAUAUAGAUAGUUUAUACCGAUAUCGUUAACGUCAACCGAAUAGUCCAGAUCAAUUAUUGAAUAAUUUCGAAGAAUAAUCAACUGACAAGUGUCCUUUAUCAUUACUUUUGUUAGAAUGAUAGAAUUUACGGAAAAGACAUUCUCAUAAUGGCGAAUAAUUGAACAGAAUUGGAAAAUUGACUCUAAUUUAUCCUAUCGUUUUACAGCUUACAAAUGCUGUAACAAAUGCGAAUGAUCAAAUAGAAAUCUUCAUCUCUAGUAUGUUCGUUAUCAGUCAUAUGGUGAUCUUAUACCUAUGUCACUAUUCUGGACAAAUUAUAAUUGAUCGUAGUCUGAACGUGUUCAAGGAAACGUAAGCUGAAAUUUCGCUAAAUGUGGUUGUUCUGUCGUUGACUAUUAAAUAAUUUUCUAUUUGUCUAAAUGUUUCUACUUACUAAGUAAAUAACACGAUUGUAUUACUAGAGUAUUUUAAGAGAUACAACAUUAUGCAGGUAUAAUUCUACGUGGUACCGCAUGCCUAUAAAAGCG